GCAUCCAUCGAACAUGCCCAGCAAAGUAUCCGUCACAAGUCUCGACUGCCAAUGAACACUGUCAUCCUGUUUGUGCCCCAGCAGGAGGCUUGGGUUAUUGAAAGAUUUGGAAAAUACAAAGCAAUUUUAGACCCUGGCUUGAACUUCAUCCUGCCAGUCAUAGACACGAUCAAAUAUGUCCAAAGUUUAAAAGAGAUUGCCAUUGAUGUCCCACACCAAGCAGCUAUCACUCUCGAUAAUGUCACACUCACAUUGGAUGCUGUCCUGUAUUUGAGAGUUAUUGACCCUUAUAAAGCCUCAUACGGGGUAGAAGACCCAGAGUACGCCAUAACCCAGCUGGCACAGACCACUAUGAGGUCAGAGAUUGGUAGAAUUGCACUGGAUACUGUUUUCAGGGAAAGGGAAUCUCUCAACACGGCAAUAGUGCACGCUAUCAAUCAUGCAUCACACGCUUGGGGCAUCAACUGUAUGAGAUAUGAAAUUCGUGACAUGAAGCUGCCCUCCAAAGUCCAAGAAGCCAUGCAGAUGCAGGUGGAAGCUGAAAGAAAGAAGCGAGCUGCUAUUUUGGAAUCUGAAGGAAUACGAGAGGCAGAGAUAAAUGUUGCUGAGGGUAAGAAGAAGUCUAGAAUUUUGAAUUCUGAAGCUUUCAAAGCCGAACAAGUCAAUCAAGCUGAAGGUGAGGCUCAGGCACUGCUUGCCAAAGCUAAAGCUCGGGCAUUAACUAUUGAAAUGAUUGCAGAGGCUUUACAGAAAGAGAAUGGUAUGAAUGCUGUAUCCAUGAACAUUGCUGAGCAGUACGUCCAUGCCUUCGGCAACCUGGCCAAGGAAUCCAACACAGUAGUGCUGCCUGCCAACUCUGGAGAUAUCGCUAGCAUGGUCACUCAGGCACUGACAAUGUACAAAACACUGUCCAAAGAUAACAACAGGCAGAUGGAAAUCAGGGAGGUCAGAAGGAAAGAGGAACCUGAAAAUGAAAGAACAUCAUAG